GAACUGUUGGGCUUGGAGCCCAGAAAUGUUCUGGCUGCUCGGCUGUUUCAGCGUUUGUGCACAAAGCGGCCUGAGUCCAACACCAAUCCAGUCAAGGAGCGAUUGAGUGACGGACGUGUCCGAAAAGGUUUAAAAGUCGUAUUCAUCAUCAUCAAAUCACAAGCCUGGCUCUCGAACCCCCAGCGGCCUGAGAUGUCGACUCGCCUCUCUGCAUCCUUCCAGUCCGUCUAUGAUGACAACUUUCGUGACGGGUACAGCAUGGAUUCCGUGCCCAGUUCGACUUGACGCGGACCGCAGAAUCCACGGCCUCCCGUUAAAGCGCUAGCUGGGAGAAGCUGACCCAUCAUUGGCUAUUUAACUAGUUAUACCUAAAGCGGAGCGUUUCCUGUACCCUGUGACGCCGAUGGAUACUCCAACUUCCACGAACCUGCCAGCCCAGUGCUCCUCCUCUGGGCAGGGCACCACCCCUGGCGUCGACCAGCCUCUCCCUCUCUUCCCUACUAUAUGGACUCCAAGGUUUAACCAAGCCGCUGCGUUGCUUCUUCCAGCCGACGCCACUGGGGGAGGCGCUGGGACCGAUGGAGCAGCUCCCUCGUCGCCUAGAGAGCCCAGUCCCACGGCGACCUUACCCCGAGCCUCAAACCCCUCCAGAAUCCGACGUCGCAACCGGAUGAUAACCUCCUGCCUCGAGUGCAGAAGGCGGAAGUUGAAAUGCGACAGACUCCAUCCGUGCUCCAGUUGCUCCAAGUCCAAACGCGACUGUCUCUUCCUGGCUCCGGCCACGGAUGCGGCGUCGCGGAUGAAGCUGACGGAGCUCAAAAAUAAGAUCGGGUCAUUGGAGCGUGGUCUUGAGCGGGAUGCAGCCGCGAGACAGGGGGUCGCGAUUAGACGGGAAGAGUCUGGCGACGCUAUCCAGGAAAGAGGCCACGAUGGCCCCAGCCAAGCCGACGGGAUUGUGGAUGUAAUAGGGAAAGACGAUAGUCGGCUCCCGGUCCCGGAUGAUGAGAAGGACUUGGAACCUACACCGUUGGCCGUGCAGGAUGCGGCAUACGAUGAUGAUGCCGAUGACGAGUCGCUAGACCUAGGCUUCAAAUUGGGACGAAUGAGGAUGACUGAUAGGAUUGGAGGACUUUAUAGGCCAAUGAUUGCUGAUGAGCUCUCGGCCGCUUUGGGGACACUGCAUGUGUCUGAUACGCCCCAAAAAUUCGCACCAACUCCAUCAGUAGAUCCUCAGCUGCUGCAGGAGAUGUCGGCAGUAGGAGACAACCCAUAUUUUGAACCCAGCGCUUCAUAUGUUGCUCCCAGUUCUGCGAUGUUCUUUGACGGUCCCCAACGGUAUAUGUUGGCAGACUUUUUGCCGACAAGAGUGGCUGGCGACAGGCUGCUACAACAGUAUUGGGAAGCGGUGCACCCUAUUGCCAAAAUUGCCCAUCGUCAAACAUUUGAAAAGCAGUACAAUGACUUCUGGAUAAAUGUAUCAAACGGGAUUGAGCCGGCAUUCUCUCUCCAAGCGCUUGUCUUCGCCGCGAUGUUCAGUGCUGUCGUUAGCAUGUCAGAAGAUAUCAUUUUAAGCACAUUUGGCGUCCCCCAGAAGCGGCUUAUCGAGAAUUUUCAACUGGGGACCGAGAUGGCCCUAAGCAAAGCCAACUUCCUCAAAACGACCAAAGUGCAGACGCUUCAGGCAUUGGUGAUGUACCUGAUUCCGAUGUGUCGAGAAGAGAUCUCUCGAGCCCACUCCGUCCUUGUUGGGACGGCCAUACGGUUAGCUGAGUGCAUGGGACUUCAUCGUGACCCAGAAGAGUAUGGCCUUGGGCCGGUGGAAUGCCAUGUACGACGGAUGAUCUGGUACCAACUGUGUUUCCUUGAUAUCCAAACGAGCUUACUACAAGGACCACGUCAUUCAAUCCGGCGAGAGGAUUUUUCGACCAAAUUUCCAGUCAACAUGGAUGAUUCCGAGAUUUCCUCAGCUUCUACAGACUCCAUUGUAGACGCCCCUCGAUGGACGGAUAUGACCUAUAUGCGAAUUCGGAUUGAAUGCAACGAGCUGCGUCGGCUCCUCCUUGUCGAUAGGAUCCGAAUUGAGAAGAGGCAAGUCAGUCUAACUCAAGUACUUACGAAAAUCGAGGCUUUUCGAAAAGCCACCUGUGCCAAAUACGGUCCUUUCCUUUUCGUACCCAAUCCCAAGCCCAUCCACCGAGCUGCGCAGCUCAUGCUAUCUAUUCUCCUGUGUCGCGCAUACAUAUCGGUGUUGCAUCGUUACGCAAACGGUGUUUCUAUCCGCAUGCCGGAUCGAUUGCAUCAAAUCCUCAUCAGCAGCGGCACCCAAAUGCUCGAAGACUCGAUCCAACUUGAAACUUCCCCAGACUUACGCGUUUGGGCAUGGUAUCAUGGUGCUUUAAACCAAUAUCAUGUCGCAUUGCUCCUUCUUAUGGAGAUUUUCGCUUCUCCAAUGCGACGAGAAGCCGAUCGGAUAUGGCGGUGCUUGGACUAUGUUUUUGAGACGUCGUCGUUGGCGCCCGACCUGGCUAACGAAGCUGGCUCCCAGGAUGUAUUUCAGCAGCGGGAUGCAAAGGCUCGUCUUAUCUUGACCGCUUUACGCGAUAGAAUGACUGUAUAUCGGGAGAUGAGAAAGCUGAAAAUUCCAAGAAGCAUGGUUGAUUCAAAGGUUCUGUUCUCAGAGCGAGAAAGUUCUGGAAGCUACACAGAACCGCCUCCUCUCCAGAGAGCAGUACCGAAAUCGUUGGCAUCCCGUCAAACCCAAGGUAAUGAUAUCUCUGUGGCUUUCUCGAGCGAAUUGCCCGGUACUACCAGGCAGCAACAUUGUCAGAGGCCUGCGGAUCUUUCUUCUUUAAAUGAAAGCAUUGAAAGCCAGCCGGCAUUCCCGCAGUCGGAUACUUACGGUCAGCGGGUGCCAAUGUUAUCACCACCUCUUGCCCAGCCGCUCAUCGAGCCUUCUUUCUUGAUACCGGGCGCUAUGCAACAACACUCUUCACUGCCCAGGCAGCCUGUGAGAGCGGCGAGUCAUGAUUCUGACCGAGUUGGGUCUGAGGAUUCAAGUAGUUCCAACUUGUGGUUUGUCUCUGAAACAGGACUGGGGACAGCCGGAGCUGCUUCGUCGAUCGAAAACAAUGGUGUACCAGAUGCCGCUCCUCUAUUUCCACAGACAGCCAGCGGAAAACCUGCUGCAGCAAUUGAUAUUGACUGGGUAAGUAGCGUUGUAACGAAUGAUACCACUAAUUGCAGCAAGCAUCUGUGCGCUUAUUCGCACUUGAGCUUGCUAUCGCAAUCGCCGCCCUAUGUCGGUAUCCUGAGGACCAAGAUUCUUACACACAAAACUUUCACAACUACUCUUACAGCGCAAGAUACUAAUAUAAUUUACCCAGGGCGAAUGGGACAAACUCUUCCCAGCAGAUACCAACGGUGA